GGGUCUGGUCCUUCGAAGUUGACGCCCGAUGCUAACGGAUGGGUAGCUUUGACCAAAAGCAAGGCAAAGGUCUCUAAGCCAAUCAAACCGACCCCUACCAACGAAAAUCGGUUCGAUAUAUUGGAGAAGGCGCCCCGGGAAGUGGUCGCAGAAAUACAAGAUGCUAACGAAAUACCUGAUGAUUGGGAAGCCGCAUUUGCCGAGAGCGGAUCGGCAUCGAGUGAAAGUGAAACAUCAGACGUAUCGUCACCUGCUACCGCAGAAGAUAUCUAAUUCAGUAUAGUUGUGAAGGAGUAUUGUAGGUGUUCGAUGAAGUAAAACUCAAGCAACGCGUAUAUGUAUUCAAUACAGGCUGAUGAAUACUGAAUUGCUUUGUGCGGAC